AUGGGCUCCCUAGUCGGUGCCGUCCAGCCAAAUGAUUCCUUGUGCACCACUCUAGUCGCAGAUGGCCCAACGCAAAUCACCCCCGAUUGUGUUGAUCCCAUCUAUCAAUCUCCAAUCUAUACCAACCACUCCGACGAAACCUCUCCUCUCAAACACCGAAAGGUAUCUGGAUAUUUCAAUGCUACGGGAAUCGAGUUCAAUAUUUAUAUGCCGUAUCACGGUUGGGAAGGUCGUUUCUUCCAAAUGGUUUUCCCGACGCAGACGUCCGUGGCCUCGGCUGGAGAAAUCGGAUUUGGAGCUGAGGCUGGCGGUUAUACUGUGCACGUUGCGGGCACUGGAGGUUAUCGGGCUGAUGCUGCAGUUGCGAAACUAUCCAGGGAAAUUGCUCGGGAAUUCUACCAACAGCCAUCUCGCAAGAUCUACGGCUAUAUAUAUGGAGGCAGUGGCGGUUUCUUUAAGACCGUUGGAGCGAUGGAAAAUACCGUCUCCGUUUGGGAUGGUAGCGUCCCUCUCAUCCAGGGAAUUCCAAUCUCGGACCCAACAGGGUGUUCUAUCGCCUCACUUGGAGGAUUGGUGCUAGGAAACCAAUCUCGCGAGCUCCAGGAUGCGGUACGUCCGGGAAGCAACAUCGAUCCCAGGGAUAUCCUUAACCCAGUACAGCGCGCUGUGUGGGACGAGGUGACGGCAUUAGGUGUGCCUCCGGCGGUGUGGGAAGAUUUUGAUGGCACUGGUCGCAACCGAUCGCAGGUUUAUGAGCUUCUUCGGGCUGCUGCAGUCAGUCUAAAGUCUAUUGAUCCCACCUAUGCUGAUGACUUCUGGAGUCAGCCGGGAUAUCUGGGGACGGAAAAAUCCGAGCUCGGACACCUGUUUCGCUCGUCUUUGGUUGAAUUCAACGCCACGGUUCUUCAGGUGAAUCGCAAUGCGCAGAGCACUCCAGUUGACAUUAUGCUGAACGCAUCACCAUCAGCAGCGCCCCGUCGCAAUUGGUACGAUUUUACCAUUCAGUCGCAAUGUAGUGGAGUGAAGAAAGGAGGCACAUUCACUGGCCACAUGGAUCCAGGCUCGGGCAAGGUCAUAAUUUACUCCGAUAACAACAGCACCAUUCUCAACUGUUUGGAAAAAGGUGUGAAGGUUCGUGUGGACAACCGAUGGUACCUCGCACUCCAUACAUUCCAUCGGCAUGAAAUCCCUACUGGCGAAGGAUAUUACGCUUUUGACUACCUUCGCAAUGAGGAUGGAAAGUCUCGAUAUCCUCAGCGCAGUGUGCUCGCAGCCCGCACCUUCGCCCAGUCAGCGAGUGGUGGUGGAACCAAUACUGGGAAUAUCACCGGAAAGAUGAUUGUUAUGGACAACCUCAUGGACAACAAAGCUUUCCCAUGGGAAGCUGACUGGUACCGGACGCGAGUAAAGAAAUAUCUUGGCGACCAGUUCAACAAUCAAUACCGUCUUUACUACAGCGACAAUGCUGACCAUGAAAUGGGACCCGUGGAGCCAGCUGUGAAGUAUCGUCUGAUCGACUUUACCGGGCUUUUCGAACAACACUUACGCGACCUCAGCGCUUGGGUGGAGCAGGGAAUCGAACCCCCAUUGGCCACCAAAUACAAAAUUCAAAAUGGCCAGGUUGAAGUCCCUGAGUCUGCAUCCGAACGUGGGGGAAUUCAGCCCGUUGCCCAUUUGAAAGUACAGAAUGGCACACGAGCGGAGGUGCAAGUGGGAUCUCCGGUGACACUCCAAGCAUUCAUCGAAGUGCCCCGAGAUGUUGGGAAGAUUGUUUCUCUUGAAUGGGAUGUUUAUGGAAACGCAAGCUUUGUCCCGAUGGACUUCGGAACACCCAGCACAAUUGUCAACGUGAAUGUCACUCACACUUAUAAAACCCCCGGUGUAUACAUCCCAAGUGUCAGAGUCGCAUCUCAUCGAUAUGGGGAGAUGGGGAGCUCUUACUUCCUAGCAUACAACCUAGGUCGUGCGAGAGUAGUUGUUAAAUGA